AUGGACCCCUCAUCCGUAGACCUCCCCCCGCUCAAGGACCUCACAAUCGACAACAUCACAGAAAACGUCCACGCCAUCAAUUCAAGAUGCGACAACCCUCGCAUGAAAUUCCUUUUCGAGAAGCUUGUCUCCCACGUCCACGACUUUGCCCGCGAGACGCGCCUUACUACCUCCGAGUGGGAGGCAACCAUCAAGUUCCUCACCCAGGUCGGCCAGAUCUGCACCGACGUCCGGCAGGAGUUCAUCCUUCUAUCCGACAUCAUCGGGCUCUCUCUGCUGGUCGACUCGAUUGACCACCCGAAACCCGAAGCGUCCACUGAAGGCACCGUCCUGGGGCCGUUUCACACGCACGAGGCCGAGGACUUGCAGAACGGGUCGGCCAUCUCGCACGACCCAGACGGUGAGCCCAUGCUCGUGGUAUGCACGGUCAAGGAUACAAAGGGAAAUCCGAUCCCCAACGUGAAGAUUGAUGUGUGGGAGACGGACUCGAAGGGUUUCUAUGACGUUCAGUAUCCGGACCACGAUGGGCCGGAUGGUCGGGCGGUGGUGCGUAGCGAUGAGGACGGCGCGUUCUUCUUCAAGGCUAUUGUGCCGGUGCCGUAUCCUAUUCCUAGCGAUGGGCCUGUUGGGAAGCUGCUGAAGAAGCUGCAUCGACAUCCAUAUCGGCCGAGUCAUUUCCAUUUUCUCUUUGAGAAGCCGGGAUACGAUCGUCUCAUCACAGCACUGUAUCUCCGAGGAGAUCCGUACGAGAGGUCUGACGCCGUUUUUGGAGUCAAGGAGUCGCUCAUUGUAGAGCUGAAGAAUGUGUCGGACGUGGAAGGGCUAGCGGAGAAGCAUGGCGUGGAUCCUUCUACCAAGCUAAUGAAGUACGACUUUGUACUCGUCACAGACAAGGAAGCGAGCGAUCUUCGGGAUCAGAAGGCGAUGGAAGCGAUGGAGAAGCAGGGGGCUACUGGGAUGGUAAUCAUUAAUGGGGUGUUGGUUCCUGAUGUUGAUUAA